GCAUAAUAAUGUCAUCUAACAUCAGUCAUGUUGCAGUCUCAUCCACCGUUGUAAAUGAAAGCUUUGUUCCAACGUUCUCUGAACCAGUAUUUGUCAGUGUGACUGUGAUAACGAUAGCAAUUCUUGUUCUUGCUAUUCCUGCCAAUACCCUGGUUCUCGUCGGCUACCUGAAAGGCAUCUCAGCGCUAAAGAAACCUGCAAACUAUCUUCUGAUAAAUCUCACAGUCUUAGAAUUUAUUUUGUCAAUAAUAGUAAUUCCAUUUCAAUUGUUGGUAAAUUUCAUCAAACCCAGAUUUUUGAACGAUACAGACGCUUCAUGUGUGAUUGUUGGGAUCCUGGUGUAUCCGUUUUACAUCGCAGCGACUAUAACUAUGAUUUUUAUAUCCGUGGACCGGUACUACGCCAUCCGAGCACCGUUCAAGUACAAAUUCAUGAUGGGAAGAAGCCGAAUUGCUUGCAUGGUUGGAUAUUCCUGGCUUCAUUCUGUUGCGUUCAUAGCUGGAUUUGGAUGCACGUUAGGAGUUGGAUACGACGCACACUUGGGUGUCUGUGGUGUUCUUUGGAACAACAAUAUGAUUGUCAGCUCUGUCGCAGCCGUAACCCAUAUUUUGCUGCCGUUUUUUCUACUUCUUGCUCUGAAUAUCAACUUGGUAGUGUCCCUCAGGAACCAGAAUCGUACGGCUGUAAACAACCUGGAUUAUCGACAGGGUCAGAUCUGGAAGACGCGACAAGCUCAAGAACGCCGGAUCACGUGUCUUGUAUUCUGGAUUAUAUGCACCUUCUUAGUAUCCUGGUUACCAUACCUGGUUACCAGGGGAUUAUGGGUGAUCUUCUCGAAGCCAACUUUACAAGUAUUCUGCACUUUCGCAACGACAAGUCUGCAACUGAGCGUGGUCAUAGACCCCGUGCUCAAUCUCGUCUUCAGAAAAGAUCUGAGAACGACAUUGGAACGUUUAAUACUUCGAAAAAGAAAUGAGAGUAUCACAUUGCAAACUGGAAGAUUGAAUCUUGGCGCGAGUGUUGUUCCACGCGGUAAUCGAUGCAAAAACACAAAGAUAUUUGUGCGACCAAGGAACGAGAAUUCGGAAAAUUGGCUGAACCAAUGCCGCCGUUAUAUCACCCACCGUUAACACUUAAGCCACUUUGAAACGGGUGAAAUUAUUUUAUGAUAGGUCGCGCAAAGUUCGGCUUUCCUCCGCUAAGUCUUCCCCGCGGCCAUCGAGAACCUCAUGUAUCUCCUUAGAGUGUUAGUGCUCACGAAAUAAAAUCCUGAAGGCGACGAAAUUUCAGUCCUGGGAACGUCGUGAGGAAGAAGAGCUUUUGGGGACCUGACACACGAAAGCAAAACUGGAUGACAGCAAAUACUGUAUAUAUACACCUAUUGUUCCUACACUGAAUGCAUCCUUGCAUUUAAGAGGUCGAAAGCAAAAAUAAAUUAGAUUUUAAUAACUACAAGUACGAAGACUAUUUUUGGAAUAAUGAAUCCAUGUUAUGUACAAAAGAUGUGAUUUGCAUGUUGCAUGAC